AGCCGCCGAGCGCUCAGUAGCGACACGCGAGCCGCGACCGCGCGACAGCCGCGAGCGCCCUGCCGCCGCGCGACCGCGCCACUCCGCCACCGCUUCUUCCUCGGCUCCGCUCUCUCUCACACAGACCUGGCCGAGAACAUGAGAAACGUCUCUACUCCCAGCUCGUGCUACAUUCGACACGUACUCGGAUUGCGCGAGUUAAAAACGGCUUAAAAAAUUUAAAGUGCACCUAACGUUCUGUGUAUCGCUGCAGAGAAUCGGUAGAUCGGUGGUUAUCAAUGAAUGGGAAGCAAUAUAGACGCGCGCGUGUUUCGCGACGCGCCACCAGGUGAGGCAUGUCGGGUGCGGGCGCGGCCAGCUGAGCGGCGGCGGCGCGUGAGGCCGAGGCGCCGGCAUGCCGGGCGGCCGCAGGGGGCUCGUGGCCCCGCAGAACACCUUCCUCGAGAACAUCAUCCGCCGCUCCUCCUCGCAACCAGACAGCAGCUUCCUGUUGGCGAACGCACAGAUCGUGGACUAUCCUAUAGUCUACUGUAACGAGACAUUCUGCAAGAUGAGCGGUUACAAUCGAGCUGAAGUGAUGCAGAAAUCUUGCAGGUGUACGUGGAUGUACGGCGAGCUAACGGAGAAGGAGGCGGUGGAACGGGUGGACCGCGCGCUCGAUCACCACCUUGCUGAUCAAUUCGAGAUACUGCUUUAUAAGAAAAAUCGCACGCCGCUAUGGCUGCUGGUGCACGUGGCGCCGAUCCGCAACGAGCGCGAGCUGGUCGUACUCUUCCUGCUCACCUUCCGCGACAUCACCGCCCUCAAGCAGCCCAUCGAUGCAGACGACCCCAAAGGAGGGCUGUCAAAGUUCGCGAAGCUAGCACGCAGCGUGACGCGGUCACGCUCGGUGCUGGUGUCUGCGCUGCCGGCCCUGAAAGAACCGCAGCGUCAGAGCCACCUCGCGCAUGUGAUGUCUCUGUCGGGAGACGUGCUGCCCCAGUACCGGCAGGAGGCGCCCAAGACGCCACCACACAUACUAUUGCACUACUGUGCAUUCAAGGCCAUCUGGGACUGGAUUAUACUGUGCCUCACAUUCUACACCGCUAUCAUGGUGCCGUACAACGUCGCCUUCAAAAACAAGACCAGCGAGGACGUCUCCUUGCUGGUCAUCGACUCCAUAGUGGACGUUGUGUUUUUCAUAGACAUCGUGCUGAAUUUCCACACGACGUUCGUCGGCCCCGGCGGGGAGGUGGUCAGCGACCCCAAAGUUAUACGGAAAAACUACUUCAAGUCCUGGUUCCUUAUAGAUCUGCUGUCCUGUUUGCCCUACGAUGUCUUCAACGCGUUCGACCACGACGAGGAUGGUAUUGGCAGUCUGUUCAGCGCGUUGAAGGUGGUGCGUCUGCUGCGGCUGGGCCGCGUGGUGCGCAAACUGGACCGGUACCUGGAGUACGGCGCCGCCAUGCUCAUCCUGCUGCUCUGCUUUUACAUGCUGGUGGCGCACUGGCUCGCCUGCGUGUGGUACAGCAUCGGCCGCUCGGACGCCGACUCGGGCCUCCAGUAUUCCUGGCUCUGGAAGUUAGCCAAUGUGACGCAGACCCCUUAUUCUUACGUAUGGUCGAACGAGUCCGACGGGCCGGAACUCGUCAACGGGCCCUCUCGGAAGACCAUGUACGUCACGGCGCUCUACUUCACCAUGACCUGCAUGACCAGCGUCGGAUUCGGCAACGUCGCCGCCGAAACCGACAACGAAAAGAUCUUUACCACCUGUAUGAUGAUUGUGGCAGCUUUACUGUACGCGACCAUCUUCGGUCACGUGACGACCAUCAUCCAGCAGAUGACGUCGGCGACGGCCAAAUACCACGAGAUGCUCAACAACGUCCGCGAAUUCAUGAAACUCAACGAGGUGCCUAAAGCACUCAGUGAACGCGUCAUGGAUUAUGUCGUGUCCACUUGGGCCAUGACCAAAGGGCUCGAUACAGAUAAGGUGCUGAACUACUGCCCGAAAGACAUGAAGGCGGACAUUUGCGUGCAUCUGAACCGGAAGGUGUUCAACGAACACCCGGCGUUCCGGCUGGCGUCGGAUGGCUGCUUGCGUGCUCUCGCCAUGCAUUUCCAAAUGUCGCAUUCGGCGCCCGGCGAUCUGCUCUACCACACCGGCGAGUCCAUUGAUUCGCUCUGCUUCAUCGUCACCGGCAGCCUCGAAGUCAUACAGGACGACGAGGUCGUCGCCAUACUAGGCAAAGGCGACGUGUUCGGCGACUCGUUUUGGAAGGACAGCGCGGUGGGCCAGUCGGCGGCGAACGUGCGCGCGCUCACCUACUGCGACUUGCACACCAUCAAGCGCGACCGCCUGCUCGAGGUGCUCGACUUCUACCAAGCAUUCGCCAACAGCUUCGCGCGCAACCUCACGCUCACCUACAAUCUUCGACACCGAUUAAUAUUUAGAAAGGUUGCAGAUGUAAGACGAGAACGAGAGUUGAUGGAAAGACGAAAGCGAGAGCCCCAGCUCGAACAAGCUCAGGAUCACCUCGUCCGCAAAAUCUUUUCGCGGUUUCGACGUGAGCGUAGCGUCGCUGCCGCCCCAGGGCCUGCACCCGCGCGGACCGCGGCCGCCUCCCCCGCCCCCGCCCCCGCCGACCCCGAGCGGGGCGAGACGGCCACCGCCCCCGCGGCCCCGGCUGCUACACCUGCUCCAGCCCCCGCAGCCACAGGUGGAGCGACGGCGCGAGGCAAGUGGGGCCGAUUGCUGGCGGGCGGCGGGUCACUUGAUGCAGGCGGUGGAGGGGGCGGGGCUGGUGGCGGUGCGGGGAGCGGGGGAGACCAGCCACGCGCCCCGUUCGCCCGCAGCCUGAGUACCCGCGAUCGUCCCACAUCCACCAGUGUCGCCCCGUCGUCGGAUGCCAGUGCCGGAUCCGGGGUGACGCCUCACGUCUCAGUGCUCGCUCUCAAGGCGUCGUUCGCCAAAGCCCGAUCAGCGAGCACGCUGGGCGCGGGCAGCGGGCGGCAGGACACCAUCGAGGAGGAGCUGGAGGAGCGGCGCCCCGCGGCGGCGGCCCCCGCCCCCGCCACCGCGCCCUCCGCCGCGCCCGCCCCCGCAUCCACCCCCGCGCUGCCCACCGCCUCGUCCGCUCCCGCCAGCACCGCUCCCACACCCGCUUUACAUGACGCCGCGCUGGCGGAACUGCGCAGAGACGUUCGAAAUGAAGUCCAACGUCUCCAACAUAAGCUAGGACGAGUGGAGGAGCUGCUGACGAUGCUGGCAGCGCGACUAGGCGCCGACACGACUGACGGCGGGGCGGCGAGCGGGGCGGGGAGCGGCGUGGCGGGCGGCGCGCGGCCCGAGGACGGCGACAGGGCGCGCGCCCCGCCUGCCGACAUCGCGGCCCUCACGCGGAAACGACGCUCCAAGGCGCGCAGUAAAGGCACAGCGCCUCAAGUGCCGACGCCGACGACGCCGGGUGAGGCGCCGGCCAGCCCGCCGGGCGGCAGCGCGGGUAGUGCGGGCAGCGCCAGCAGCGCGACCGGCGCGAGCGGCGCGACCGGCGCGGGCGGCGCGGGCGGCGCGAGUGCGGGCGCGGCGGCGCGGCGGCGCGAGUUCGUGUAGCGCGCGGCGGCGCCCGGCGCGCCGCCCGCCUAGCGCGCCGGGCGCCGCGCCCGCGCCACCAGUGCCUGCCACCCGCCCUCGAGCUCGACACCGUUCGGUGCUCUGUGACGCGACCGAUCGCUCGUCGUCGCAGUGUACGCACGGCCAGUGGUCCGACGCCCUUCGUGUGUCCCGAAUUACAUAGCAAUUCGGGACGCACUCUUCUGCCUAGAUGUGCUGUUGGACGAUUGGUAGAAAGGAGUUCUCUAGACUGUAUCGCUAUUGUGCGUUCGAAAUAAGAAUAAACCCCCUUAUAGGCGAAUGACAAUCAAACAUACUAGUAAAUUUCGUUAUCACACUGAUGAGUGAGAAUAAGACGCUGCACGUUCUUGUCUUGUUUUGUAUUAUGCGUACGCUAGCGAAAAUUAUAUUUACCUAUGACUUAGCUAUCCAAAAGAUUAAUUCUGAAACUUAAAGUUUUGUACAUGCUUCUAAGCUUUAAUUAAAUAUAUAAAAAUCGAGAAUUAAAUCUUAAAUUUCGUUAUGUAAAUUUGACAGUUCUUUGACAGUUUGAAAAUAUUGACUUUGCGAGCAUUAUGCUUAAUCUAUGACGUUACGUUUCUUGUUCCGUUCGCACUGUACGUGAUACGAUGCGAGCACAAUGUUACACUGUCGUGUACUGAGCGUGACGCUAUAAAAGAUUCGGGUCGAAUAGAACGUAGUUAAUAUAUUACGAGUACCGCGGCCGCGCCGCGCUUGCUCGCUGUAAAUACACAUAAGGGUAUAUUACACUGUCGAAUAUGUAAGACCAUGUGUAUCAUAGAAUCAUAAAUACAAGCUGAAAGCGAAAAACGAUCUCAUUAGAAACAUUAUCACUUAGUUAAUUGAUAAAUUUACUUAGACGCGAUCCUAUAUAUUUGAUAUUGUAAUAUAUCUUACAGUAAUAAUAAAAUGUACUUACUCGUAGGCACUCGCGAGUAGACACGCUGCAUUAACGCUUGUCGGCACCGUUACGCUAACUUUAUAUAAAGUAUUUACAUUACGAGUAAUAUUUAUUCGGGUUCGCGGCGGACACCCCGACCGACGACGUCGCGGGCUAGAAUAAAAAUUAUUACGGAAAAUUAGAAAUCAACGCAACUAGUGAAGUGGCGACGGAGGUGUCUCUAUAAAAUCAACAAUCCCCUAUACGAAUCUAGGAAUAUAUGUCAUUAAAAAAUCAAUUAACAUAAAAUUGCUUUAUACAGGAGUAACCUUUAUUUUUUAAUUUCUGAAGUGUGAAAGGGACUUACAUAGAUUCGUACCAUAUAUAAGAACUUAGAUUAUAUAGAUCUGAAGCAUCGAAAAAAACGGGUUAAAAUUUUUUGU